AUGGCAACCACUUCGAAUUCAGCCGACCAAGACACUAAGUCCGUCGAUGCUUCGCUAUGGUGGGACUCUUUUUCUCUAUUACUCACUGAGCUCGAGAACGCUUGUCUCUCUUCUGAAUUCCCACCGCCUCUGGUAAAGAAAUUGAAAGAGAACCACAAGUGGUUUUUGGAAACUGUAUCGCAGUUCAAGCCGCCAAAUCAAAAAUCAAGAGAGGCGUUAGACUCUAGCCAAGUUAAAAUUGGGUCACAUCAGUUGGUUGUUGAACCUGAAUGGAAAGAUGCGGCGUUGGAAAUUGGUUCUAUUUUGUGUUUAGAUGAGGUGCAAACUUAUAUUCUUGUCAAAAGAGCGAUUGAGCACAACACUCUACCCGGUGAUAAUAUUGUUCAUGAAAUUCUUCAUUUGGUUAUGCUUCAGUAUUACAUCGAGCGACAAUGCUUGUUGAAGUGCACCCGACAAAUUCUGAUGUAUGCUUUAUAUGUUGGAGUGGGAUCCAAAGGUCAUGCCAUGAGUGAAGAGGUGCAGAAAUUGAUUUCCGAUGGAUUGGAAAGUAGAUUACUUUCUGUCCUUGAGGACCUUCUCUCCUCUAGUUAUCCUGAACACAUGGAUGUUGACCUUUUCACUUUGUGGGCUGAGGAGACCCUGAUUGAAGACAAUUUGAUUCUGGACAUUUUUUUCCUUGCUUAUUACGAGUCUUUUUGUACUUGUAAUGGCAAACAGUGGAAAAACUUGUGCUUGGUUUAUGAGGGAAUCAUAUCUGGAUCUUAUAACCUCAAGAAACUGGCAAUAUCGCCUGAAGCGAUAGUUUCCAUUUAUCAUGCCAAAGUUCAGCUGUUGCUUAUUCUUAUAGAAACCCUGAACUUGGAAAAUCUGCUCCAAAUGAUCCAUGAUGAAACGCCAUUCAGGCAGGGUAGUACUGCUUUUUGCUUGAUUGAUAUUCAAGAAAUGGAUGCCUUGGUUUCUGGUUUCAACGUUUUUGAGACAAAAGAAGCAGGCCCACUAAUUCUAGCAUGGGCAGUUUUUCUUUGUCUCAUUUCAUCUCUUCCAGAAAAAGAGGAAAAUGCCGUGCUAAUGGAGAUUGAUCAUGUUAAUUACGUUCGUCAAGCAUUUGAGGCAGCAUCCUUAAGUUAUUUUCUUGAAAUUCUUCAAAGUAAUGUGUUGAAGGAUUCAGAUGUACCUAUUGCUGGUUAUCGAAGUGUCAUGAGGACAUUUAUAUCAGCCUUUAUUGCAUCGUAUGAGAUCAGUAUUCAGCUAGAGGAUAAUAGCCUCCAAUUAAUAUUGGAUAUCCUUACCAAAAUAUAUCGAGGAGAGGAAUCACUUUGUAUUCAGUUCUGGGAUAGGGAUAGUAUCAUUGAUGGGCCUAUCCGGUGUCUUCUUUGCAACUUGGAGGGUGAAUUUCCAUUUAGGACUGUGGAACUUGUGCGCUUAUUAUCAGCCCUCUGUGAAGGAACUUGGCCCGCGGAAUGUGUGUAUGUAGAAUUUUGA